UGAAUCGCUGCCGGUGCGCAAUGAUGUCUAGAUAUCCCCUGCCGUAGCUAUUUUCAUCAGCAACGACAACCGCUGGAUCAUCAUCCUUAUUUUACCCUGCUCUCUUGCUAAGCAUAUCUCAGCUAAGUCAGGAUUUGUGCAUAUAUUCGGGUUUAGUUAUUCAUUCAUUCCGUGGCGCGUGAUGGAUGAAAAACGCAGAGCCUCCUGUCAGUACGGAUCCCUGGAAUGCACGAAAUGGAAAACAGAUGUGGACCAAACAGGUAUCCCUACACCUGGCUGUCAUUGUAGCAAAACCUGUCAAAACGUAUUGGUGAAAGAUGCGGAUGUGGUAUCAAUGGCGGACUCUACUAUCACAGUUGGUGACAUUGAGGGUGAACUCUGUAAGAUUGAACGGAUAAGAGACAUUUUGAUAAGGAGGGAAUCUGAACUCCGAUACAUGAUGGAUGAUAUCCAGUUAUGUAAAGAAAUUACAAGACUGAAGAAAGAGCUUCAAAAGCUUCUGUCUAUUCCAGAUAAUGACAAAUCCAAUGAAGACAAACAGAAGGAGGAAGAACUUCUAAAACAGAUUCAUAAAUUAGUGGAGGCCAGAGAUUUCCUGGUGGACGAUGUGGAGUUUGAGCGUCUCAGGGAACGGGAGGAAGACAAAGAAAUGGCUGAGUUUCUAAAGUCCAAAUUACCAAAAAGCUCUCAAUCCAAGAAUGUUCCUCGCAGUGGGAGGAGACUCGCCAGAGACCCACAGAGUUCUACUCCCUUUGUAACCAAGACAGGCCUCACUUUGCUGAAGGAGUGCUGUGGAUUCACCUGCUCUAUAAUGUAAAAGACACAUUUUCAGCAGGAACACAACGCAAUUCUAGAGCCUUGGAUAAAGAUGACCUUUUAAUGACACCAGGAGACUCAAAGAGCAUGGUGUGAUCCAACACUGGAGGUUUCUGAAAGACAAAGCUACUGUAUCCAUUUGUAUGCUAAAGAAUAGCAGGCUUUUUCAUUGCGUCUCUCUUCUUUCAGUUUCUUUUUCUUGCUUUAAACAUCAUAUUUCUUUUUAUUCCUCUUUCAAAGAUCCUGUUUCAUUCUAUUACAGAGAACAUUUUGUGCUCUCUCCAGAGUUCUGCUGUCAGCUGCUCAGCUGGUUUGCUGUCAUUCCUUGCACUUAUCUUUUUCCUCAUGAGACAUUGCUAUAGCGCUGCAGUACCUGUGAGUUUAUAAUUUGUAAAUGUUUACAUUUCAGUAGAGAUUCCAUACCGACUGCAGUUUCUCAGUCAGCCCAGGUUUAUUUACAUAUGUGUCUGUGAAAAGAUAUUGCUUUAUGCCUGUUUCAUGACAAAUAAAGCACUAAAAUCGUGCUCAAUUUUAUG